CCCUAAUUCCUCACUAACAAAACCUUCAUCGUUUUCACUCUCCAUUUUUCUCAGUCUCCAAAUCAGCCUCUCAUCGCGCACGCAGACGCAAGAAUCAUCUGAAGAUGCCGUUCAAGAGGUACGUGGAGAUCGGGAGGGUGGCCCUCGUCAACUACGGAAAGGACUAUGGCAGGCUUGUCGUCAUUGUUGACGUCAUUGACCAGAACCGGGCUCUAGUGGAUUCUCCCGACAUGGUAAGGGGUCAGAUGAAUUUCAAGAGACUCUCUCUUACGGAUAUCAAGAUUGAUAUCAAAAGGGUUCCAAACAAGAAGACUCUUAUAGCUGCCAUGGAAGCUGCUGAUGUUAAGGGCAAAUGGGAGAAGAGCUCAUGGGGAAGGAAGCUGAUUGUUCAGAAGAGAAGGGCUGCCCUCAACGAUUUUGACCGAUUCAAGCUCAUGCUAGCAAAGAUCAAGAAAGCUGGUGUCGUCCGACAGGAGCUUGCAAAACUUAAGAAAGAGAUUGCAGUCUGAGAAAGUACAAUUUUUUAAGAAUUUGGAGUACGGAUUUCAAACUAUUUAUUACGCGCAUAUUUACUUGUCCUCGGGAUAUUCACAAAAGGAAAGAUACUCGAAUUUUGCCUCUGUUGUGUUUGCCUUCGUUUGGAAAUCGUUGUCUCAGACCUUAUUCUUCUUUUGGUAGUUGGAUUGGCCCCUGGCAUUUUCCCUUUCUGCAGUAAUUAGUUUCUGAUUUUCUUAUAAUGCUGUUUCUAUGCUUUGAAUUUAGUGACGAGUGUUGUUUGCUUUUCA